AUGAGCUCCUUACCUGCACCCCGUCGCAUUGUGACGUCCAACCUUCCGGUCCCAGAGAGUCUCAGUAAGCUUGACAAGUCAGAACCGGCGGUUCAAGUCGUCACCGAGGAGGUCCCUCUCGUUUCAGAGGUCGGCGGGCAAUGGUUCAAACGAAGCGUCUUCACCCACGACCGCGUGCCAACAUCCAACGCUGGCACUGACAUCACUGCAAAAGAUAUUCCAGGUGGCGGACUCCGCUUACCAUACGGCGCGAAUAUCAGAUUCAACGAAAUCCCGCCCGGUUCCAGAGCUGCCAUGCAUCGGACCAGCACGACUGAUUACAACGUUUUCCUGACCGGAUCCAUGGUGCUGAUCACACCGGCGGAAGCUUAUGACCCAGACACAAUGGAAGGGGCAGGAAAGCUGCAGGAGACGGUCUGUCAGCCUGGUGAUGUGGUCGUGCAACGUGGCACAAUGCAUGCUUGGGAAAACCGAUCGGGGGAGUGGGCGCGGUUUAUCUCAGUCAUCCUUGGGGCAGAAGAGACCACGAUGGAGCGUGGCGACGGAACAUCACAGACGUUGGCAGAUGUCUUCAACUUCGCGCUUUAG